CUUUCCAGGCUCAUGACACUCCUGGGUCUGUCCCUACAGCAGACGCUGGUCGGAGCGAGUGUCCCUGUGGCUCUGGGUGGGUUUCUUCUUUCUCAUCUUCCUGGGCAGGCACCCCAUUGGUGCCCCCCGAUGGACACUACUCUGUCCUCCCACUGGGUGGAAGGAGAUGGUCCCUUCCUGGUUGCCCCACACAGAUGACCCGAGGGAAGACCGUGUGUCCACCGGCGAUGGCUGCCUCUGUGGUACGGGAGCCGCACCCUCGUGGUGUACAGCUGCGGCCCGACUUCAUCUCUGAAGACAGCGCCCCUGGGCGUGUAUGUGCACACACGUGCCCACGCGCUUGCUGCCUUCAGGUGAGGGACUUGUUGCUUUUCCAUCUUAUUUUCAGUCACAGAGAGCCAAAGAAGCUGGCAGGGGUGCAUGCUCUCCAGGCCAGCGAGCUGGUGGUCACCUACUUUUUCUGCGGGGAGGAAAUCCCGUACCGGAGGAUGCUGAAGGCUCAGAGCCUGACCCUGGGCCACUUUAAAGAGCAGCUCAGCAAAAAGGGAAAUUAUAGGUAUUACUUCAAAAAAGCGAGCAACGAGUUCGCGUGUGGAGCCGUGUUUGAGGAGGUCUGGGACGACGACGUGGUGCUGCCCACAUACGAGGGCCGGAUCCUGGGGAAGGUGGAGAGGAUCGACUGAGCCUCGGCGUCUGGCUCGGGCCGCCGGCCUCGGACAGGACGGCUCUUGGCUCUUGGCUCUUGUAGACGCUGACGGGAUUGGAGAGGCCGCCGUGCAUAACCUAUGCCUUCCUAGGGCUCCAAAUCCAUCAGCUAGGAGAAACUGUGUAGCUCACCUGGACAGGAAUCCUUCCUGCUAUUUAUUGGACAGUCGACUCCCCCGCCCCCAGUUUGUGGAUAUGCUGCUUUCAACACGGAAGGGGGAGACAGGACGUUUUCGUGGUUCUGUUUCACUGAAAGAGGAUUUAAGCUGUGCCGUGCGUUUCUCCAAGUGAACAUAGACUUCUUAAAAAACGGUGUCCUACCGUUGACACACGCAGAAAUUGGUGCAUCUUUUUUCCCCGGCGCUGCUCUGUUUUGUCAUAAAGGUCUUGAGGUUUGAUUUGGGGGCCCUCCUGUCGGACAGGAUGGUUCGUUGUGGAGGAGGGGGAGCCUCCCCGGGGCCCCAGGGUCACCCUGUGACUUCCUGGAGCUCCCCACCAGGGCCCGGCACCCGACGGCUGAGGCCUUCUGGAGCCAGGUGGUUCGACUUGUGCUUUUCUCGAGAUGACAGCUCCUUAGGAGUCUUUUAAAAUUAGUCUUUGGACCCCAGCCGUUCUGGAAACUACCCCCUCCCCUUGCGCCCCGCCCGGCAAAGAAGCGAACAGUUGUGGGAAGACCUAGCAGCACCUUUCCUCCAGACACCUUCAUCGUGACGUUCGGGUUUUUACAUUAACUUAAUCUGUGCAUUCUGUCUGCCAUCGUUCCUUGUACCAUAUGUCUGUAUAUAUUGUACGGAAAAGAGUAUUAAUCCACUAUCUCUAGUGCUUGACCUUGAAUCAGUACAGUACCUGUACCUGCACGGUGUCCACGCCGUGUGUCGCCCUAUAUUGAGGGCUCCAGCUUUCCCUUGUUUUUUGAAAGGGGUUUAUGUAUAAAUAUAUUUUAUGCCUUUUUAUUACAAGUCUUGUACUCAAUGACUUUUGCCAUGGCAUUUCGUUCUACUUAUACUGUAAAUUAUGCAUUAUAAAGAGUUCAUUUAAGGAAAAUUA